AUGAACUAUGCUCCUGUGUGCGACAUUAACUCAGAACCCCUAAACCCAGUGAUCGGAGUCCGCAGUUUUGGAGACCAUCCUGGAUUGGUGGGAAGAUUGGCAUGCGCCACUGCCCAAGGACUCCGAGAACAAAAGGUGGUACCCAGCGUCAAGCAUUUCCCAGGGCACGGAGACACUGCUGUGGACUCCCAUUAUGGCCUUCCUGUCAUCUCUAAGACGAGAGAACAGCUAGAUAAAUGUGAAUUGAGACCAUUUCGCAGAGCUAUAGCUGAAGGUAUUGAGGCAGUGAUGACUGCCCACAUUUCGCUACCUUCUGUUGACGAUAGUCAUCUCCCUGCUACACUUUCUGCUAAAGCCUUGAAUAUACUACGGAAGGAUAUGAACUACGAUGGCAUGGUGAUCACAGACUGUCUAGAGAUGGAUGGUAUCCGUGCCUCAUACGGUACUGAGCAGGGGGCAGUCCUCGCUUUAGGAGCUGGCUGUGACAGCAUUAUGGUCUGUCACACUUAUGAUGUCCAGGUAGGAUCUAUCGACAAGAUCUGCGAGGCUGUAGAAUCCGGAAAGGUGCCAACUUCGCGUCUGGAGGAAGCUUGUCGCAGAGUGACUGCACUAAAAGCCCGUUUUCUGAGUUGGGACGCAGCGCUCAAGUCACAGGGCCUUAAUGGGCUUACGUCUCUUAAGCAAAAGGGCGCAAAGUUAGCGAAAGAAGCCUAUUCUAGCUCGGUCACUCUUGUGCGCGAUACACAGAGUAUCCUUCCCCUCUCUCCUUCGUCGAAGAUUGCAUUUCUCUUUCCGGGUGACAAGACACCGGCUGGCGGUGCAGUGGAUGGGGAAGGUUUGGGCAGAAAGGGAUCGUAUAAUGCCUCCAUUUAUCUCGAUAUUCUUAAACAAUGGAAUAACCAAGCCUUCGAGAUUCAAUACGGGCCAAUGGGUCUAUCGACUGAGCAGCUUAGUCUUGUCGACGCUGCAGAUGUGGUCAUAUUCGCGUCUAUCAAUGCACGGGAAUCGGCAUAUCAAAGAACGUUGGGUCUCGAACUGCCGCGCCACAAUCGUCCAAUGGUUGCUAUGGCACUCUGUAAUCCUUAUGACUUUCUGGAGGAUUCAUUUAUUCAGACCUACGUCGCUACCUACGAGCCAACGAUAGAGGCUUUUACAGUAGCUGUGGAGCUUCUCUUUAGGCCGCAUCUCGCAAAGGGGUCUCUACCUGUUGGGCCAGAAAAGCCUGCACCACGUUGGCUUGAAGUACAACAAUACGCAGCUGCAACUGACUUUUCCCAGGUAUAUGAUGUAUGGCUCGCAGCCCUGCCCAGUUACAGAGUAUCUGCAGACAAUUUAACUGAAGCGAUAACGCCUCCGCCUCAUGUUCUUCCAGUCGAAUCACACCAUCUCGUUGCUAGGACAAGCUACCCGGAGUCCAAAGUCGUUGGAUUUUGCCUCCUCUUCGUAGCCGCCCAGCAGGAUACUGUCUGUGUCCAACUUGCAGCACUUGCGGUUGAUCCGAAAUUACAGGGUCGGGGAGUGGGGACUGCCUUACUUGCAGAGUGUCGGGCUUGGAUGGAGAAAACAUUCAAGAAAUCCCGUCUAGAACUGGGAAGCACAUUCCCACGUUUCUGGCCUGGGCUUCCCAUUGACCUGCCGACGGAGGUCCAGGAAUUCUUUGUCCAUCGGGGAUUCCAGCUAAACCCCCCAGUCCCGCGGUCUGUUGAUCUCUAUCAAGACAUCAAAGAAUUCCAAAGCCCAGAGCUGUACGUCACUCGAGCUAAGGAGCGAGGUUAUACCUUCCGUCCUCUAGAAACUGCCGACUACCAAGAAUGUCUUGUUGGCCAGGAGAAGAACUUCUCAUAUAACCAAGCCUGGGUUCAGAUGUUCCAUAAACUUGACCCUAGCAAAUACCCGUCUAGUGUGAUGACCGCAUUUGACCCCAACGGGAAGCAAGUGGGCUGGACACUAAUGCUUUCCCAUGAGUCUCCUAUGCUCAAGCCGCAUUGGGCAUUCCCUUCUCUCUGUGGGCCCAAGACCGGCCUCAUCGGUUGUGUCGGUGUCGACGCAGAUUAUCGCAAGGAGGGAGUUGGGCUUGCCUUACUCUGCCAUGCGAUCGAAGAUAUGAAGCAGAGAGGAGUUGAAGGAGUUUUUGUUGACUGGGUGAGCCUCGAAGGAUGGUAUGAGAAGCUCGGGUUCAAGGUUUGGUGGAGUUGCCGAACGGGGGCGAUGCAACUUGACGCUUGA